AAUCCGCCGGAAUAUUAUUCCGAACGGAACGCAAAGGAAACCGUUGACGCACAAAGCUCCGUUUCCUAUGGUGUGUUUAGAUGUCUGCUGUUUAAAAAUAAUCUUGGAGGAAGAGUGUUGACACACAGAUGCACAUUCGCCCCACCGCGGUGUAAUGUGAAUAUAUUAGGAUGGAUGAAGGUUCCUCCGAACAACCCGGUCCCUCUCUCCCCCUCCCCACUCUGCGCCUCCUGGUCUCACCGAUUCGUCUGAUCUCUGCAGCCAUCUGGCAGACAAUAGAUCAGAAGAUUGUAUCGGAUUAUGGACUGCUUGAGGAGUUUGUAUUUAUGGUUACUGAAAUUGUUCCUCAACUCCUUUCGACCAGGCAACGUGCGGAACUAAUUUUGGGUCUUCGAGCACGGCUCAUUCUGGAGUUGUGCCGCUCUGAGGAGACUGCCAACAUCCAAACCAUCCAGCCACAUCUCGACCGUAUGCAAAACCUUCAAUCGCUUUGGAAAGUAGAGAUUGAUAAUGCAACACCAGACAUUUCAGAGUCUCAUUUUAUGAACCUUGUGCGGAAUUUGCUGAGAAAUUGUGUCGAGAGAGAGAACUUUUUUCAAGAUGUUUUUCCUGAAGAUUUUGGUCCCACAUACGACAAAGCAAUCCAGACAUUGAUGUGGCUCUUUCUGUCCCGGCUCGAAAAGCUUAUUCCAACUCAGUCUCUCCAGCAGAUCGCAUCAUUGCUAAGUGAUUCCUCUUCAGUUCUGAGAGAGUGCUUGGAGUCUUACACCAUGUCUCAGGGGCUCAAAACCGCGUUGGACACUCACAAAGACGUCAGCCAGUUGCAGGAUGUUGAAUCUUGUGAGGUCGACAGUGGCAUCUUGUCCGCUCUAUGUCUUCCUCCUGCGGAAAGAGAUGCCAUGCUCAAUCAGCCAGCAGCAACGGAUCCAGAGACUAGCGCGGUCUACACAGACUGCACAGAGAUGGAGGUCGAAGCUGGCAACAAAAUGCCAUUUUCCGAGGAAAGUGUGCAAAAAAAGUGGUUCGGAAUUGAUCAGGAAGAGAAGCCAGACGUUGGCGCGGGGGCCGCUCAAGAAGGAACAGGUGCGGAUCAUUGCGUAAUGGAAGCGCACCAUGACAACCUAUCUGAAACUCUAAUCAUAGGGGAGGAUGGCAAGGUGACGGUACUCGACAGCUUAGUGAAAACGCCCAACAGACGCGGGAGGAAAAAGAAGCGUCUUGACGAUGAAGAUUUUCAAAUGCCGGCGGCCGCGCGGGAUCCAGACUUUGACAUGAUGAAAAGACCGGUGCGAAAGAACCGCGGACUCAAGAUGAAGCGGCUCCUGUCGCAGUGGCGAAAAUCUGGAAGGUCGCCAGCCGCCGACAGUAGUCCAAAAAGGUUUUCGAGCUCUCUCGUCUCGGCCAAAGGCGAUGACUUGGAUGACAGAACGUGCGGCGUGUGCGGCAAAGUGGUGAGCCAUGCCAGAUUCUUGGAGCGUCACAUGAGUCAACAUGCCGAAGAGUUGACUUACUCCUGCACGGUGUGUCAAAGAAAUUUCAAGAACUUCCGCUGGCUGCAGCAGCAUAAAUGCCAAAGUGUGACGACCGAGACGGAAGCCCAGAAAGAGAACGCGGACGGAGAAGACGACAAGUCCGCUAUCCUCAUUUGUGAGCCGGGCAACGAAGCCGUGCCGACAGACAGCACCGCAGACGACCCCGAUUACGCGCCCGCUGGAGGAAAGCGGACCACCAAGGAGCCGGGACACAAGAGCCCAGACGACACUAAAACCAUCCUGGACGGUCCAUUCUAUUGUCCCCACUGCAGCGCGGAGUUCAAGUGCAAGCAGACCUUUCGGUUUCAUUUAAGAAACAUCUGCUACAACGAGCAACAGGUGGAUCCCGAUCAACCCGAAGACAUCCGGCAUUGUUUCCGCUGCAACGAAUGCGACAAGGCCUUCAAGUACAAGUCCACCUUGGAUUCGCACAAGCAAACGCACAACCCGCUGUACUGCGAGGUUUGCAUGAAGCUGGUGCGCGAUUCGGAGGCGCUGGCCAUGCAUAAAGAGUCGCACACGCCGUUCCAGUGCAACCAGUGCGAGGAUAGCUUCCCCGUGUUCAAGGCGCUGCACAAGCACUACAUCGACGUCCACAAUCCCGCCGAGCCUUUUACGUGCACCCACUGCCAGAUGACGUUUGUCAGUUUGAAGCGUUUCAUCCGACACGAAUGGAAACACACCGGCUACCAGCCCUUUCAGUGCCCCCAUUGCUCCAAAAGAUUCCGAUCGUACUCGGACCUCGUGGAGCAUCAGAAAAAACACACUAAGGCCUAUCCCUUCCUCUGCUGGGAGUGCGGCAAGAAAUUCCGUCACGGCGUCACCCUGACGAGGCACGUCGAGCGCGUGCAUCAGUCCGGCGAACUGCUCAGCGAUAAAGCGUUACCGACGUUUGCCUGCGGCCAGUGCGAGAAGAGCUUCACCUCGAGGAGAUGCCUCCUGAAACACGAUAACUUCCAUCACAAAGGCAUGCGCUUCCCGUGCGAGCAUUGCGGAAAGGGAUUCUUCGGUAAAGACGCGCUCGUGAGGCACACUUUGAUCCACACGGGCGAAAGGCCUUUCAAAUGCGACGACUGCGACAAGUCUUUCCGUUCCUCGGCUGAACUGAAAAUCCAUCGCAGGUACCAUACAGGGGAAAGGCCCUUUAAGUGUAGCAUCUGCGAUAAAGGUUUUGUCCAGUCCUGUUUUCUCACGCUACACAUGCGAACCCACACUGGAGAGAGACCCUAUGUUUGUGCGAUCUGUAACAAAGCCUUUUCCAGUUUACACGGCCUAAAAAGACAUCGCAGGCUUGUCCAUGCAUAGUUGAGGCAAACUUGGGUUCCACCGGAUUAAAAAUAGGACGUGGUUAUGACAGGCUUUGUGGCUCCAAAUGUUUAUUAUGAAUAUUUGAGGCACAGAGACAAAAGUGAAGUUGGGGGGGAUUGGAACUAAAUUAACGGGAAAGGGGGUGACUCGUCCUUCCUUUGUGAUUGUCACAACGUCGCUUGUAAAGAACUCAUGAAAUUGUAAAUUGCUAAAAUAAUGUAACUGUAUUUUUUACAGAAACGUUUGCUGUAGUUCUACAUAAGGUUAAUAUGUGCAAAUGAUAAAACAAUAACUUGUUUGGGAAUAAAUUCAGCUUUCUUCAACGAAUCGAA